AGCAUUAGUACCUACAGAGUUAAUGUCGAUAUCUGAUUGUAUACUUGAUUGUAUACUUGAAAUUCUUAUGUUAUAGAAAAGGUUAAGUGGUCGCACUUUUUUCAAAUUUUGGUUAUGGAAAAAAUGAAUAAAUAUGAACAGUUCAACGUUAAGUACAACAAGCAACACUAUGACAUAUACGAAUUCUUGAACAAUCAUCCGGGAGGUACAAACUAUGUUCAACUGUACAAAGAGAAGGAUAUCGCAAAGCCGAUGGGCUUGUAUGAUCACUCUAAAGCUGCCUUUUACCUUUUAGAAGAAUACAGAAAAGGCGGGAGGGAGAAAAGUAAUACAGAAGAGGAUUUAGAGAGAUUCGUAAAUUGGAAUGAACCAAUGUUUAGUCAAGUAACAAAGCUAGGAACCAAUUACUACAAAUGGGUGACGUCGCCAGUUGAUAGAGAUCUCAGAUUGUUCGGGAACCCAAUAUUGGAAUAUUUAACGAUAACACCAUGGUAUCUCGUACCCGCCAUUUGGAUACCUAUUUGUAUAUAUUUUGUGAUAAUAGGAACAGAAAAGUACGCACAAAUUACCAAAGAUCCUAGUCCAUUGGUAUCAGUAUUAUUAAUAUUUACAAUGGGUGUAAUACUUUGGACCAUAAUCGAAUAUACGUUACAUCGAUUUAUUUUUCAUAUAGAACCAUCAGGACAUUCGAAAAUAAUGAUCUAUUUCCAUUUUACGAUACAUGGCCUACAUCAUAAAGUUCCGUUCGACUCCAAGAGGUUGGUUUUUCCCCCAUUUCCAGCAGCAAUAAUUACUUACACGAUUCAUAAAUUACUUUCUCUUUUUCUUCCUGAUUCCAUGUUAUUGUUAGUACUAGCAGGAGGAAUAGCAGGAUACGUAACUUAUGACAUGAUUCAUUUUUAUCUACAUCAUGGAGCACCAAAAGAGAACACUUAUUUUUAUCACUUGAAGAGAUAUCACAACCAGCAUCAUUUUGCUCACCAUGACAACGGCUUUGGCAUCAGUAGUACAAUCUGGGACAAAGUUUUCGGAACGGCAUUAAAAUUAAGACAAUUGAAUAUAGGUAUAAAAUGGUAAAGCAAAGAAGCAAAUUAUUUUUAAGCACAGUCUUGAGCUUUAUCUCGUGUGUUCAGCAUUAGUGUGAUUUUAAUAAAUACAAGUUUAAAUAUAUUUUAUAUAUUAAUUUUAUAAUUGAACGUUUUUAAAAAAAUAAAGCUUAUUUUUAUUUUAAAUAA